CUACCCUUGAAAAUGAACUGUAAUGCAAAGAAAGCCCAGUUGACAGUGUCGAGGAAAUGGAGGUUAUUAUAGGGACAAAAUGAACCAAGUAUGAAUGAACGCCUAGUUGCAAGCAACACUACAACUGACAGUUCAGAAUCAAAUCAAGACCCAAUUCACAAAUAAGAUCCAAAACAGGAUGGCAACAAAACGUUCUAUAAGAUGAAAACUAACUACCAAAUUCAUUCAUUUGUUCCUACAGAUAUCUUUCCAAAAAAAGCUCCCUAAGAAGAAUUCAUCCCAAACGUCAACCUAGAUUUAAAAUGAGUCAAAAUAAGAGAAAUAUGUAUAGAUAUUGUAAUAAAUUGAGAUAAAAUGAGUCAAGAUCGGGGCGGCGUUUAACAAGUUUGGUCACUAAGUUUAUCAAUUUUUUUCACGUUUGAUCACUUCAUAAAUUUUCUUACAUUUUUAGUCACUCACUUUAAGAUUUGUUUCACCAUUCAUCACUGACCGUCUAAUCUAACGGGCAACUAUAAAAUUUGACCGUUAGUUGAUGUUGUCGUAAUAAAAAUUUAAAAAAUAAUAAUCUUUAAUCCAUAAAAUUAAAAAAAACAAUAAAAAUAGUUUAUUUUCACCCAAUAAUAAUUUUUAAAUAAAAUUUCCACCACCACCACCACGUCUCACUCUGUUUUCUCCUCCUGCUUCAAACCCACACUUCUCCAAAUUCAAACCAAACCCCUUUCCACAAAUUUUCUCACAUUCUUCACUCACUCUUAUAAACUUCCUUUCUACCCAUUCACCGAUUCACGCAAUCGCCAUGAGUAACUCGAUCAUGACGGCCAAGACCCGCCACGACUCCUCCUUCUCCAGGCGCUACUUCAACUGGAAGCGGCAAUUCGUCGAACACCUUGAUGGUAAUACUGACCACGAAAAAUCCUCGUUGUAUGAAAGCUUCAAUUAUCUUUGAUGGGAGAUUGCACUUGGAGGCAGCUAAAGCUUUGGAGUAUCUGCAAGGGAAAGUACUGUCGGUAUGUCUCUCGUGGCAGAAAAUAAGGUGCCAGCAGUUGUUUCAUAGCUCAUUGACCUAUACUGCACCAGUUUAUUCUGCAAUCAGGAAGCAAGUGGAUUCGGUGCUUGAAAGCUUCAUAGAUAAUGAUAAUGGUGUGGAAUACAAGCUGGAGGAAGUUGCCAAUGGUUCCUGGAGAGUAGACCUAUUUGCUAAUGCUACCAAGACAGUUGUGGAGCUGAGAAGACCACUGGAAAAGCUUAUGAGAGGAAGGACUAUAAAUCAUGAAAGCCUCACUCAGUCUGUCUUAAGGCAUCUAUUCUCCCCACCUGGUAUCAACUUGAUGCGAUCCAUACAGCAGCAGACACAAACCUACGUCCUCUUCGACAAGCGUAACUUCAAUGUCAGAGUUUUCGGUUCUUCGAGUAACACUGCUGCAACUAAGAAGAAAUUGAUCCAAUCCCUUCUGACGUACCACGAAAGCUAGCAGCUCAAAGUCCACAUGAAAGGUGAAGGUCUUCCUCCAGACUUGAUGAAGAAAGUGGUAAACAAGUUCGGUCCUUACCUGAAAGGGUUCAAAGAAGAGUUCAGGGAAGUAGAAUGUUCACUGGACACACGGCAUCACGUCAUUUCUGUUUCCGGCAACAAGGUAGAGGUGAGGAAUAGAGUGGAAGAGAUGGUUAGAGAGAUAGCAAGCAAUGUUGGUGGCGGCCAAUCCUCCACGGCCAUACUUACAGCGAACUCUGCUGCCCAAUUUGCUUGUGUGAAGUUGAGAAUGGCGGGUACAGACUCGAAGGCUGCUCGCAUUUAUUCUGCCAGUCAUGUUUGGUGGAGCAGUUUGAGGCAGCAAUGAGAAACAUGGACAGCUUCCCGGGAGGGAUGCAAGGUGCCUAUACUGGUCACAGAUUUGAGAGCCCUAUUAUCGGUGGAGAAGCUGGAAGAACUUUUCAGAGCUUCACUGAGGUCGUUUGUAGCAUCGAGUGGUGGGACAUACAGGUUCUGCCCAUCGCCAGACUGCCUUUCGAUUUACCAAGCAUUGGAAGCUGCAAAUGCCAAUCCUGCUGAGCCGGCUGCCAUUGACGACGAGCCUGUACUACCAUUCAUAUGCAAGGUGUGCUUUGCCGAGACGUGCAGAAGGUGCCACUUGGAGAGUCAUCUAGAGGUGUCGUGUAAGAAGUACAAGGAGGACCCUGACUUGUCGCUCAAGGAAUGGCGCAAGGGGAAGCAGGAGGAUGUCAAGAACUGCCCUGUAUGUUGUACGAUUGAGAAGGUCGAUGGGUGUCAUCACGUAGAGUGCCCGUGCGGGAGGCACAUCUACUGGGCGUGCUUAAAGCAUUUCAGGUGUAGUCAAGAUUGUUAUGCCCAUAUCCAGGAGUUUCACAUUGAAAGUGUGUGAUUGAUUAUCGAUCAGCUGUACUGAUCCUCUGUUAAUUGAUCCAGUUUAUAGGGACUAAGAAUGUGCGUAGAUUUGUGUUAUUUGUGUCAUCUCUCCCUGGAACAAAUAAAAUGCCACAUCAGUAGCUGGCUGAGAAAGGGAGUCGACGUCAGGGUAUAAAAAAGGAAGCAGGACCUGCCUUGCAAAUCAUGAUCCUUCACUGAAGAAAGAACAAGUUAAUAAUAAAAUCUAAUUAUCCAA